AUGCGGGAUCAAUGGAAGACGUAUCGUUUGUACGCUAAUACCAUAAAACGACUGCUGCUCUUCACAGGGUUGUGGCCAAGCAGGAGACCGAGUACGUUUUAUCGACUGGUCACCGUUGUUCAUGGUUUUGCUUCAUUUCUGACGUGCUGUGCUUUACUCAAUUUUGCCUAUCAACAUAUCGAAACUCUCCCUCUUUUCUUCAAAGGAUUUGGUUCGGCUCUGAGUUUCCUAACGAUCCUACAAAAAAUGAUUUGUUUGACGUUUUAUCGACGGCGUCUGGUGAAACUGCACGACGAUCUCGCAACGACGUUUGAUUUGGAUCUGAACGAUAUUGAACUGCGGCCCGUUCUGCUGUCACCUCUCCUGUCGUUCUACGAACCCUCCUUGACACUUUCGACAGUAACAUACAUGACGAUCGCGGUGCACUGGGUAACACCGAUUCUCUUCCUGGGCAUUCAGAUUGCCCACGGAGUUCAAGUCCUCAAAUUUAUCCUGCCAUAUCCGACCGCGUAUCCCUGGCAAGCGAAUGCCAAUAUGUGGCUCUACUUGAGCCACUACGCGUUUGAAAUCUACGCCGGUAUAUGCGUCGUCACUUUCACAUCGUUGAUCGACGCCCUUUUCGGUUUUUAUAUCUUUCAAAUCUGUGGACAACUCCGUACGUUGUCCUGUCGUCUACGGAAUUUUAAAUCAACUGCGAAUUAUCGACAAGUUCUACGCGAGUGUAUCGACAGACAUCAAAUUUUAACGAGAUGCCAAAAUCAUCUGGAACGUAUUUAUGGGCCGAUAGUCCUCUGGAUGCUGGUGACCAACGCGAUGCUCAUGUGCGCUCUCAUUUAUCAAGCUACCCACGUCAGUCCGACAAAAGCUGCGGUCGCCGUGACUUACAUAGUCAUGAAAUCUGUGCAAACAUUAACUUAUGGAUGGUUCGGAUCACUGUUGGAACACGAAAACGGAAUGUUUCGGGAAGCGAUAUACGCGAGUGAUUGGCCAGGUUCCGGUGAAAAGCGACUCAUGACCGAUGUGCUCAUUAUGAUGACGUAUAAACCGUUCGUUCUCAAGGCAUGCUCCCUGUCGAACAUAUCCAUCGAUAUGUUUGUUACUGUUUGCAAUACUGCCAUUUCGUAUUACUUGCUGUUAAAAACGCUCGAGGAACCCAGCCACAACCGAUGAAAUCAACAAGUCAUAAAACUUUGGUGCCGAAUAUUAUUCUUCACCAGUUCAAACAAAAACUUGACAACCAAUACAUCCAACUUUCGAAAUGUUUUUCGAUGCGUCUCAAUUGAUUUUAUCAGCACAGUUCAC